AACAAAUAGAGAAUUUAGUUUUUAAUUGAAUCAUGUCAACGAAUUAUCCAUAUGUAUACCAAAUAUGUUUAGACAUGGAACAAAUUGGAGAGCCACGUGUAUCUUUAGAAGGUUUCAAACCACUAACAAUUUUAAUGGAAAUUAUUGGAGCAAUACUAGUAAUUUUAGUUGCUGUUUGGUGUGGCUAUUAUAGAGGUGGCUUUUCUUGGAGUUCCAAUCCAAAGUUGGAAUAUAAUUGGCAUCCUCUAUUAAUGGUUAUUGGAUUUGUCUUUCUAUAUGCUAAUGGUAUGUUAAUAUAUAGAACACAAAGGAAUGCUCGAAAACGAGGACUCAAACUACUUCAUGGUGGCAUCAUGUUAUUCACUGUUACGUUAGUUGUAAUUGCUCUUGUGGCUGUGUUUGAUAGUCACAAUUUAAAUACACCACCAAUUCCAAACAUGUACAGUCUUCAUAGCUGGGUUGGACUUACUAGUGUAAUUUUAUUUUGUUGCCAGUGGCUUGCUGGGUUUGUAUCCUUCCUUUACCCAGGAUUACAUGUUUCAUUACGAGCUUCUUAUAUGCCUAUUCAUGUAUAUUUUGGUACUGCGGGUUUCGUUGGUGUAAUUGCUUCCUGCCUUAUAGGACUUAAUGAAAAAGCAUUCUUUGUUUUAUCAAAUGAUUACUCGAAGCUUGAAGGUGAAGCAAUAUUAAUUAAUGUAAUUGGAUUUCUACUACUUUUGUUUGGUGGACUAUCCAUUUAUCUGGUAACACAAGAACGUUAUAAACGGUUUCCUAAACCAGAAGAUGAAUCAUUAGUCAGUGGCAGAGCUCAGUAAAUAUCUAUGGUGCAUAACAAAUUUUCUUGAUUUUA